GGAAAAGGAGGAGAAGAAAGAGGAGGAUGGGGAAGAGGAAUAGGAGGAGGACAACAAGGAGAAGCAAGGGAACGAAGAAGGAGAAUCCAAAUCUCCGAUGAGAUUCGUGCCACUGUAUUGGACCAUGUGCUCAACCAUGGGUUGACCAUGAGGGAGGCUGGCCAGAGGGUCCAGCCAAACCUCAACCGUUUCACAGUGUCGACCAUCAUAAGGACGUUCAGGAUGGAGAAGAGGGUGGCCAGAGAACCUUAUCGUGGAGGAAGAACUUCAAUUGUCACACAGCAACAAGAGGCAGCCAUUGUAGACAUGGUCCGUGAAAACAAUACCCUCACACUAAAACAGAUACAAACAAGGGUCCUGGCUGACAAUACCAUCUUCAAUGACCUCCACACAAUCAGCAUCUCAACAAUACAUCGCAUACUUCACAGAAAUUUAUUGACAAUGAAGCAAGUCUACAGGGUUCCAUUCCAACGUAACACAAACCGUGUGAAGGCCUUACGUCGAGAGUAUGUGCUUCAAAUCCAGGACUAUGACACAGCCAACGAAAGCUAUGAAUACAUCUCCAUAGACGAGGCUGGGUUCAACCUGGUAAAAAGGAGGCGCCGGGGAAGAAAUGUGAUUGGCCAGCGGGCCACAAUCGAGGUCCCAGGCCUGCGUGGUGGCAACGUCACUAUGUGUGCGGCCAUGAACCACCAUGGUAUCCUACACCGACAUGCCCACCUAGGGGCAUACAACACAGCCCUGCUACUGGAAUUCCUAAACGGCCUGUAUGAUGUGCUUGUUCAACCUGAUGGCAUAGAUAACCCACAGCGGGUCAACCUUAUAAUAAUUUGGGACAAUGUAAGUUUUCACAAGGCUGCUCAGAUGCAUGAGUGGUUUCAGGACCACCCACAUUUUUCCGUUUUAUACCUUCCACCUUAUUCCCCCUUCCUCAAUCCCAUUGAGGAGUUUUUCUCAGCCUGGAGGUGGAAGGUAUACGAAAAGAAUCCACAGAGCCAGGUCCCACUGCUUCAAGCCAUUGAGGAGGCUUGUGGAGAUGUGGGCUUUGAGGCCUGUCAGGGCUUCAACAGGCACUCGAGGCGGUACUUCCAGCACUGUUUGGACCAGGAGGACAUUGCCUGUGAUGUUGAUGAGGCCCUCUGGCCAGACAGAGACCAGAGGCAUGAUGCCCCAUUAUUAUGCUUGAAUGGGAGAUGGGGUGGGGGGUGGGGGUUAUAAAUACAUUUUGUCUCAAAAUUUGUGUGAUGUCUAAUGUUUGUCUCAGAGGAAAGUGGGCACUGUCAUACAUUUGGUGUGUAAUUCAUUGUGUUCCAUUUAGACGAUUGUGUUUUCAGUUUUGCUCUUCAGUGUUCUUUCCAUGCUUGGUAGUGUUCACCAAAAGGCUACUUGUGUUUAAGCAAUGAAUGGUAUGUGUGUGUCAUGUGAAAAUGUGGCUGUGUUUACCAAAUAAAACACGUGUUCCAUUUUGGGAACAUGUUACGAUAUAUGAUGGCAGGGUUUUGUUGCAAAGGGAAGCCACGGUUUAGGAAUUUAUGUGUUAUGUUUGGGGUUUUGUGUGUGCAGUUUUGAAAGAAACGUACAGUUUUGAAAAACAAGUUUUAUAUCGCGUCAUACCCGUGUCACAACCCGUGCACGCGCAUUGGGUCCACAGCGCGCGUGUGAACGGGACUCGCGAGCGAAAAUAUACAUGGCGAGAGGUCAUUUGUGCACAGAGAGGGAGCAAACUGUGUCUGUGAGCGCACAAGGAUGUGCACAAGUGACAAACCUGCGUGCGCGCGUUGUCAACGAGCACACGGCAGAGGAAAACGUGCGCGCGCGGCAGCCUCUGUGCGCGCUCGGCAGCCUCUCUGCGCGCUCGGUUUCUGACUCCUGCUCGCUCGGCUGUAAGGGCUUUUGGCACUCUGGAGGCGUGGCCUGUGGCAGAUCUUGUCUGUCCUCUGAUUGGUUAGUUCACCCCGCACUUUACCCUCUAUUUAUAUAAAAAAGUCUGAUGUUCAGUAGUUGCUGGCAUAGCUCAGCUGGGAGAGCGGGUGACUCUCGCCCCGGAGGAUCCAGGUUCGAGUCCGGUCAAGGAAAAUGUAGUAGACGUCAUGUUAAUUUUUCUUAAUUUCAGGUAUUUUACAGUUGUGACCGUUCAACUGUCAUUAAACGUCCGAAUGUUUGCUGGGCAGUGUUUUAAAAAGUGCACAUAAGCUAGAUGGUUUUAACCAUAUAAAAUUACAUUUUUUGUGAUACUGGAAAAAUACAUACUGAAAUAAAACUACUGAUUGAAAACUUUAUGACUGUGGUUGUACAAUAUAUGACUCACUAAUACACUGCAAACUCCCUUAGAGUGGGGCUUCCAGAGAGAGAGAGAGAGAGAGAAAAGUUCUUGCCUCAUUAAUGAAUUGUUUAUUUUUUUCAGUAUUUAAUUGACAAAUUGUCACGCCUCCAG